GGAACUUGAGGUGUUUGCGUCAUUUGUAGAUAGAUACCACAAGCAGGGCGUCGUGUUGAACAGAAAGAUAAAAGUGGAGAGGAGUAGGGGCAACAGAGCUGGUACACCAUGGAGGAAGACAUCAGGAAGAAAGGAAUGCUCUACUUACAGCAACAUAGGUUUGGCAAGAAAUGGAAAAAGGUCUGGUCGAUCCUGUACAGGGAGAGUACCUGCUCCAUCUCACGCUUGGAGUUCUUUGAAUGCAAAGAUGGUGCGAGCACCCUGGAGAAAUCAGACAAAAACCUCCGCAAGCAGCAGGAGAGCAAGAAGGUGAUCAAGCUAAGCGACUGUAUCCGGGUGUCAGAAGUGGACAUGGAGGGCUCCCCGAAAGACUGUGGCCAGUUCCAUGUGGAGACUGCAGACAAACUUUUUGUGUUUGCUGUGGAGAUGGUCGAGCUGGACGACUGGACACAGAAACUGUGCGAAAUUGCAUUCCCUAUGAACUGGGGUGAGAAAGGAGGGAUGAAACGUAACAGUAUGCAGCGAUCAAAGGAAGAUGCUGCAGAAAUGGGGAUGGAGGACAACUCUCUGUACAGCAGAAGAGACAGUGCAUUGAAGGAGUUCAGGGUGGUGGUGAGGAGGACGGAGGCAGCAGAGCGCUGCAAGCUGAGAGGCCCCUAUGUUCUACGGACAGACUUCGACAGCCUCCUCCUCAAAGAGCCCAAGUCAGGAGAGGUUCUUUUCACCUGGCCCUACCGCUACCUCCGGAGGUUCGGACGGGACAAGGUGACCUUCUCAUCAACUGUCAACUACAAAAGCCCAGUGACAUUUUCCUUUGAAGCGGGUCGCAGAUGUGACUCUGGCGAAGGUAGCUUUGAGUUUGACACCAAACAGGGCAACAUGCUGUUCCAUGCACUGGAGUCAGCCAUCAACCUCCAGAGGAGUGCAGGCCUACCCUUCCGACAGACCUCAGGAGGCCAGGAGAUGGACCCUGGGCCCAGGCUCCUGCCAGCAGGGGAGCCGGGUGUUUACAGCACCGUCAAUGAAGCCCUGCAGAGGGACGGAUCGUCUCCCCCACACCUCCCCCAGGCCAAAUUGGAGCCCCCCAUGGAGAAACUCCUCACCGGGGUCAAGAGCCUGACACUGGACACCAGAGGCAUUCCCUGCAAGAACCAGGUGAAGAACAUCUCCAGCUGCCCUCUGAUGAACAGCGAGAGUCAGACCUACUCUGAGAUCAACAUGCCUCUGGAGAGGAGGCAGCAGGAGGAUAAGCCCUCCCUCAGCCUCAGCGCUGGACCCAACCACUCCUCAAAGGACUCAGACUACUCUCUCCCCUUUGACACCAUUGCCAAGAACCUGAUGGCAGACAUGCUGCUUAGUGUCCACCUCCCCCUGGGGGUGGAGCCGCAAGGCUGUGAGAGGUCAGGCUGCCAGAUGGACGAUGCUCCAGAUCCCCUCUAUGACAGCAUUGAUGAGUUGGCCAUCCGAUCAGGCCUAAGUAGGUCUGAGGGCACUAAAGUCAGAUACACGAAGGCAGAGCACAUCUAUGAUGAACCGGAGGGCUGUGCUGCAGCUAUAGCUUUGGAGCCUAACUGCCCCACCUCUGUUUACGAUGACCCCGAGGAGGUCAGAGGUCAGGCAUGGAAAAUCAUGGGCACCAUAGUUGACCCCAAUGGCCACGAGUAUCCAUACAACCCUCACGUUGACGACUACGCUGUCCCCAAGCCACCUAAGAGAGCUUUUCCGCCGGAUACACCCCAACAUGAAGAGGAGGAAAACUCUCCGUAUGAUAACGUGAGGGUGAAAAUUAACUAAUGUGAAAAAAAGAGGGUGCCCACAUCACAGAUGUCAUCAUGAAAUGAUCUGGGAUACUGUGUGAGCCCAUUGUAAACCUGAAUUCAGAGGAUUUCUCAAGCUUUGUUGACUACUGUUCCCUGAUGCUUCAUAAAACCACUAUGCCCAACAUAUUUAAUUUUAAUCGUGGUUUAUCAUAUACCCAAUUUCUGCUGUGAAGGCCUUGAAUACACAAUAACUACAAUAACCUACAAUAACUUAUAUGUUUUACACUGUAUGCUGUUGUACAGUCUUUGGCCAGCAGGAGGUACCAGCACAGCUUGACUCCAAGUUCUCUUUGUAAGUACUUUUUAAUCUUUGAAGCAGGAUGUUUUGUAUAAGAAAGUUACUUAACUUGUAAAUCUGAAAAUAAAUGUGAUCUUUAAGUCCUAUGGAUUUUGAUACUGAA